GUGGUUGUGUUUUGCGUUUGUAUUUUGUUUGAAAAAAAGGUCGUCUUGACAACAGUAUUUUAAAAUUGAAAACAAAUUUGAACGAUGAUUUUAAUAUGAAUUACACAUAUAAUGGACGAAGUUCAUAAAAGUCUACCUCAAAAUCCAGAAUCUAAAAAUGUCCUUCCGGACGUCGUUCAUUCUCAACAGAUCACUGCUUUGGGGAGUGAAGAAAAACCCGAUAUAGACACGGGACAAAAUAGACAGGUUUCGCAAGAUACCUCGAUAAAUGUGGAAAGUGUUAGUGAGGCUGAGUCAAUAUCUGAACAAAUUCCCUCGAAAAUUGAAUAUUCUCUAUCUGAAACGAAUGUCGAUCAUUCGGGGUCGAGCGAUUUGUUGAAAGUAGAUACAAAUCAUGAGAAUAUUUCUCACAGCGUCUCCCCUAACUUAGCAAUAUCUCACUCUCACAGUAUAAGCUGCAGUGCUCAAGAUGCAAAGCAAAGCACUUCUUGGAAUAUAGACAUAGACCCUUUGGAUGUUCACAUUAGUAAUGAGAGCCCAGUGAACCUACCAGUAUCAUCUGACACAUCUAAAGAUGUACCACAACCAAAAUCUGAAUCAUCAGCAUCUAGUGAGCAGGAAGAAAUUGAAUCUCCCAAAAGUGAUUACAUUGACUCAUUAAAUGACAAUAGCACUCAGAAAUCUGCCGCCAAAAGUAAUGAAAUCCACAUUGAAAAUGCUACAUGUGACCGACAGGGUGAAACCAUUGAAAAAUCUAGUUCAGGAUCUGAUGAGAUAAUUAAAUUAGAUAUUAGGGGAAUGGGUGCUCCCAAAUUUCCUUUAGAAUCUGCCAAAAUAAUAUUUGGCCCUCCACCUGAAGGGGUACUUAUGAUGGGGCCCACGGUAGGACCUAUUCCAAUUUUUCCCAUAGUGACACCUCAAGUUGACGCAGACACAUUACAAAUUGAUGAAUUAUUAGACAAUAGAAUAGCAGAGAAUAAAGAAGCAGCUGUUAUUGUUGAGGAAAUUUUUGAUGAAACAGAUAUUCAAAGAACCUCUGAGAAGUCUUUAAGUUCGGACGGUAGUGAAAAGUUUGAGCAGGAUGUUCUAGUAGAGGAAUUGACAGUUGGCUGCGAUGUGCGAGAGAAAAGAGAAGAUGGGGCACAACCUAAAUCAUUUGCCCCUGAAGAGACCAUGUCCUUUAGCACCAUGACCACAGAUUAUAAGACUAUUUGUGAAGAAUACCAUGUGAAGCUUGUGCAAUUUGAAGAAGCUAUAAGCCAGCGUGACCACCAAAUUGAACAACUGAAAAUCUCAUUGCAGAGGUAUCAGGAGCUGCAUAAUGCUGAUCACUCAGAUGAUACCAUAAAGGCACAGUUAUCCGAUUUUAUGAAAUACCAAUCUAUGCUAAAAGAUGACUCCACAAAAUUUUUCUCAGCAGUCAUGAGUGGUACUGGCUCUUUACCAAGUUCGAACGGAGAAAAAGACAUGGACCGUGAAGAAAUAACUGUGAAUUACUCGAAAUCUGACAUACAAUCUGCGUCUGAAUCGGAUGAUUUUCAAACUGGCUUCGAAAAUAAGGUGUCAAUACUUUUAAAUAAGUUUGAAGGCUUUAUAGAAGAUAAUUUGCGUAAUAAGUUACGCGAUAGUUUGAUCCAAGUGCUAUGUGACGAGAUUGGUAAGAUGCGGAUGGAGUUUGACACGGACAUAAGAGAUCUCGAGAGCCAGAUGCGGCAAGACAAGCAAUCGUACUCGGUUGAGACGCGACGUCUCAGAGAAUUAUUGAGUUCUGUAAAAUCGGGCAAUGCUGAUAUUGAUGAAAUGAAAAAGGAGCUGAGCUUAAAGUAUGAUAAAGAAAUGGAAAAUUUGCGAAUGUUUUUCGAAAAGAAAUGCUCAGAUAUGGAAAGGAGCUAUUCAGAGGAGGUAUGGCGCGGCCGUCUGUGCGUGUCGCCGGGCUCGGAGGAGGAGGGCGCGGGGGACGCGCGCAGACGCACGCGUUCCGCUGAUCUCGCGCCCAGGAUCGAGACAUCAACGCCAAUAGACUUCACUCAAAAACAAUCUUAUAAGAAAGUAGAACAGCAAAUAGAAGAGUUGAAAGCAGAGCAUCUCGAGUAUAUAAAUGAGCUGCAAGCCAGGCAUAAAGAGGAGAUUGCUUCACUUGAAGAACAGAUAACUCAAUUAAAAGCGCACAUACAAACAGCAGAGAACACAGAAGCGAAUGUGUCCGUGUACCAGCAAGAUAUAGAUUUGGAAUUGGAAAAGGCGCGGCGCGACGAGGCGGUGCGCCAGCAGGUGCUCGACCAGCUGCAGGAACAGCUGCAGGUACUCCUGUCGGACCCCGACGCGGAGCUGUCCAGCUGGCCACUCGAGCUGGUGGCUCUGCGGGAGAAGAUACAUGGGGAUAAAUCGCAGCAGGAGAAAGAGUUGUCGAGUCUCCGUGACGAGGCGCCGGGUGGGGACGCGGAUAAAUGGCGACAGAAGAGGAACUACACGUUCGAUCAGAAUCGACAGCUUGAAGAGGUCACUAAGGAGAGGGACGGGCUGAAGCGCGUGGCGGCGGCGCUGCAGCGGGCGGUGUCGCAGCUGGUGGCGUACUGCGCCAGCGCGGAGGACGAGCUCAACCGCACCGUGCUCGCCACGCUGCUGCCCAAGCUGCUGCCCGCUGACGAGAGUCUAGACCUAGAUUCCCGUCCAGGUUCACCAGUGGACGGCAACACUAGCGCUGUAUCGCGGCACGUGCACUUUGCCCCAGAUCUCGAACCCAUCUUAGCGUCUCUAGACGAGUCUGGAGCGCUGGGCUUCCUGCAGCAUCAGCGGGACUUGAGCGCGGAUAUCAAGCAGGAGUUGGAACAUUCGCUCAGGAGGUUGAGGCACGAAGCGCAGGAUCUGUUGGAGCUAGCGGCUACGUUGGCUGUUAAUAAACAAGAGAAUGAGGUAAAGAUGUUGGAAUCAAGCACAGUGCAGAUAACAGAACUUGUCGACGAAUUGGAUUCAAAACAUGGCCGUUGUGACAACUGUGAAAUGCAGAAAAAGAACAUGGAGGAAGCGAUGUCGGAGUGUUUGCAGCGUGAGAAUUUGCUACGCGCCGACCUCGAGACCGCCAUGAUGCGUCUCGCGCACCUCAUGGCGGCGGACAGACCGCAUAGCGAUGUUAUUGAGGGAUACGGCACGGGCGGUGAGCGCACAUCGCGUGUGUCGCGCUGGUCGCUCGGUGAAGCGUCGCCGCGGGCGCACCGCGAUGUGGACGCGCUGGUGCGGGAGCGGGACGAUCUCAUGCAACAGCUGGAAGCAGCGAACCGCCAGCUACAAUCCACCCGCAAGUUCGUAGAGGAACAAGCGACAGAGCGCGAGGCGGAGCGCGACGAGUUCGCGGCGCGCCUCGCCGCACUGCGCGACGAGAACACGCGCCUCACCGCGAGGCUGCACAGCAACGCGAGGAUACUCGCUGAGAUACGCUGCUUGCGUCUCGCACAUUGCAACUGUCGGCAACAUGACGCACAUGUGGAACAAUUGGAAAAUCAAACGCGAGAAAUGAACCAAAUAAUAACAGAUUUGGAAGCCAAAAAAGCCGCUUCAGACGAAGAAGUCAAAGCGACUGAGGAAAAAAUUGUUCUAUUACGGGAUAUUAUUGCUAAUCUUGAAAGUCAGCUCGAACAGAAAACGAAUAGAGAGGCUGAAGUGUUAGAACAAUUAGAGGAAAUGAAAAGGACGAUAGAUGAAAGAGAUAGCAAGAUGAGAGCUGUGCUUGGGGAGUUGGAAUCGCUCAGGAGUGAAAGAAACGACACUAGUGAAUUUACUUGUGCUAAGUGUACGCAAGAGGAAGACAAGUAUACGGAAUACGUGGAGAUGAUUAAAGAGCAGGCCCGUUGGCUGGAAGAGCGUGUACUUGUCCGCACGCAGCGGUUAGAGCGCGCGCACGAGGUGUGCUCUGCGCAUGCGUCGGAACCUAGUGAGGACCUGUCCAUACGGGAGCAGAAGGUGGUGUCCCCAACCCGCACGCCGCGCGUGGAGCGCUGCGAAGCGCUGUCCCGGCUGUGGAGCGGAGUGGACGCGCUCACUCGUGCUGAGGACGCGCUGCUGAAGCGGCUGGCGGACCUGGAGCUGCAACGUGCUGCACUUGCUGCUAGUGCUCAGGAGGUGCGUGCGGAGCGCGACGUGCUGCAGGCGCGCAUGUCGGAGCAGGCGCUGCGCGUGUCGUCGCUGGCGGCGCGGCUGCAGCGCCAGCGCAACGACGCGCACGCGCUCGCGCACUCCACCGCCUCCGACCUGGGCGUGCGUCUGCACGACGCUACCGCGGAGGUGCAGAGACUGAAGGAAGAAUUGGAAUCUAAGGACAGGCAUUUAGCGCGACUGAAACAGAUUGCAGAAGAGAAAGAGAAGCUGAGCGAUCAACAUGCCACGCUGUAUGGCAACACAUGCAACCCAAAAGACAAAGUGGUGAUAUUAGAGCGUGAGCUGUCAGCUGCGCAGGCGCGGAUCGGGCAGCUGGAGAGGGCAGCAGCAGAGCUGGACACCACCAACCGCCGGCUGCACGACCUGCUGCUCGACAAGGAGGAACAGCUCAACCAGAUUAUGGCUCUCAAAUUGGAAGGCGAAGAGAAUCAAAAAAGUGAAAUUAUAGAGGCGAAAACAUCGGGUCGGACGCUAAGUGACAUCGUGUCUAUAUCGGAAUACGAUGAGCAAGACUUGCAAAUGCGACGCGCGGAGUUAAAGACGCACAACUCGAGUCUCACGGGCGCGCCGUACGACACGCGGGACAGGACGCUGAACAAGACGCUCCCCCCCGACGUGCCGCUCCCCAACAUGAGCUCACUCAACCUUGACCCCGCCGACACCGACGCGUUCUCACCGCGAGCCGAAUCUCUCCCGGCCAACUUCACCCCCGCUCAAAACAGCCACAAAUUCAAACGAAACAUCAACGAAACAACCAUUUUCGGCACUAUCGACAAAUUCGGCGAAAGUGUCAAACAUUCGACCGCUCAAAACAUACAAGACAAUUGCUCAAUGUACCCGAAUCAAAAUGUCAGUGAUAGUAACAAUAUAAGCGUCGAACCGAAGAAGAUUGACUUCUCGUUGGAGCCGUCUGAAAAUAAAACGCACCUCGACUUUACGUCGCUGCAAGAGUUAGGAAUAACGUUAGAUAUGAAACAGGAAAACUUCCCCGACAUCCUGUCGCAGUUAAAACAUGAAAUAAAGAAUUCAAGAACAGAAUUAGAAAAUUGUAAACAGGAAUUGAAAAAUGCCGAAGAACAAUUGUGUGAAUUCCCGGCGCUUAAAGAAGAAGUCGAGGAAUUGAAAGGCCUUCUAGAAAAUACGAUGGCGACCAUGGAAAAGGAUAAGAAGUUUUAUGAGAGUCAAUUAGAAAACUUUUCUUCAAACAAAAAACUGCUCGAACAAAAGCUUGAAGAAUUAACACAAGAAGUAAAUGAAAAGACGAAAGAUCUUAAUUUGCUAAAAGAAGACAUACUGAGACGUGAAACCAUGAUACUAGAAUUGGCUAAAGAAAAGCGGAAUUUGUCUGGAAAAAUAACAGAAUUAGAAUCUCGUAUUAAUGAAUUGCACAACAGAAAUGCAAGUUUAGAGAAAUAUGAAAUAGAUAAUAAACAAUUAAGAGAUAAAGUUACCGAAUUAGAAAAGCUUGAACAGUUAGUCUCAGAGAAAAAUCAACAAAUUGAUAGUUUAAAUCAGCACUUAGAUAGGCUUGACGAUUUACAGCGACGACUUAACGAUAAAACAGAAGAAGCUGACAACCUUAAAGAAGCGCUAGAAGAGAAAUCUAAUGCACUAUUCCAAAUGCAAGAUUCAGUUGUGGCGUUGAACCGUGACAUCACUAAAGUGGUUGAAGAGAACGACCAACUCAGCUCAAACAACAAAGAACUGAAACUAAGACUGUCUAAAAUAGAAAAAGAACAAGAGAACGCAUCUCUAAAACUGCAGAACAGUGAAAGUGAACGGGAGAGGCUCAAUUCAUUAAACAGUGACCUUACAGCAAAGAUAGAGGAAUUGAAAGUAUUGACGGACCAAUUGAAAGACAAAGAAGCCGAAAUUGAGAUAUUGCAUGAGGAUAUAAAUUCGUAUCACAGUGAAAUAGCGUCAUUAAAAGAACAACUUAAAAUGGUGUCUCGAAGUCCAUCUCCAAGGAAUAAGAGUGGAGAGGAGAGGAGACCGGAUAGACAAGCGGGAGAUGAUAGGAAGCAAUUGAUCAAGAUCAAGAAGCAGAUCUCGCUGUUGCAGCACGAGCUAGACUUUAACAAGAAGGAAUUAAAUGAUAAGGCCUUCGAGCUAGCGAAAGCGAAGUUAGACGUGACAGAGCUGAAGAACAGCCUCAGCCAAGCCGCCCAGCGCAGUACAGACGUGGAGCAGAGCGUCUGCGAGCUGCGCGGGACGAACCAGCUGCUGCAGCGCGAGCUGGACCUGCUGCAGGCGGACAAGCAGCAGCUCGCUGAGCAGCUGGAGGUGCUGGUGUCGAGGUUACGAGAAGAAGGCAAUAUCAGUGAGUUGAAGCAAAAGUUGAAAGACAAAGUCGAAAGGUGCAGGGAGCUAGAGGUCGAGCUCAGUAACAUGAGGGAACUCGUUGAGAGGUUACGCGGCACAGGCAUGGAGGUGAGCCCGCGGUCUCGCUCCGUGCGCUCGCCCACUGCGGAGUUGGAGCGGGCCUUGCGUGUGCAGCUGCAGCAUUCCAGGAAUUUGGACGAGGACAUUAUGGAACAGAUAUUGUCAGCAAGCAGUGACGACCAAGAAGAAAUACCCCGGCUCGCUCUCGACUCAUCUAAAACAUCGAGCGUGCACUCCACAUCAUCAGCCCGCUGCCAGCGCGCACGAGCAGACGCAGACAAGUUGCAGCUGCAGCUCGAACAUUUGGAGGCUCGGCUGCGGGAUAAAGACGCGCUCAUUGGGGAACUUAACAGGAUACGCGACAAACUCACGGAAGAAUGUGAAGCGCUGAAACUACGUGAAGAGGCUGAGAGUGAUAACUCAGCGCGGCUACAGCUACUAUUGGAUGCUCAGCAGCACACGGCCACCGCAUUACAGAAACAAGACACGAGCAUGAUAUCGAUCCUCAAGCGGCGGCUGGAAAGCGCGAUGCAGUCCGAGCUCGAACUGCGGGAACGGGAACAGCAUCUAUUGGCUAGACUAGCUUCGCUUGAGGCAAGAUCGCCCAAGGAUAAGGGACAAGACGACAGGCUUGCUGUGGAGAUGGAAACAACAAGCCGUCUAAAGGGCGAGAUCCUCGUACUAAAAUCGAAGCUGGACAUGGAGCGUGAGCGCAGUGCCUCGUUACAGCGCGACGCCGAGCGUGCGGCUGCGCGUGCGCAGCGGGAGGAGCACGCGCGGGAACAUCUCGCUGCCACGCUCAAGGCCGAGCUGGCGGACCUGCGCAGAUUAAAGCACGAAGCGGGUGUGGAAUUAGUGCGUGCGCGUGAGUUGCUGAGUAUACAGAGCGACACCAUUCGACAGCUCGAGGGGAGAUUGGCGCAAGCGACGGAGCUAGACGCAAGUGGAGUGGCCUCCCCGCGCCCGCAGGCGCGCGCGCAGCACGUGCUCGAUGCGCGAGCUGAUGAUAAGGAACAGGCGAUCCGGUACCUGCAAGGGCGGUGCCUGCGGCUGGAGAGCUGGCGCAAGGCGCUGGUGUGGCAGAAGCGCUACCUGCAGCGCGUGCUCGCCGGCUACCACGAGGCCGAGCGCCUCUUGCUGCGAGCCCCGCCCCACCAGCCGCUAGCGGGCAAGCGGCGGUUCCGAUGUAUCGUAAACGUAGUGCGCACAGUGAUCCGCAUGGGCUACCUUGUGCGGCGCAGACAGCAAGUACGCACAUUGGCUGCCGCAUGUUUACUGCCAACCACACCAGCCAAUCGCGACCCGUUCAGCACGCCGACCAAUCAGCGCGAUGCAUUCAACACGCCGACCAAUCAGAGGGAGCAGUUCCUCACGCCCCUCACGCGUGGAGUGACCAUAGCCACGCCUAUGAGGGAGCAAGUCAGCACGCCCGUACCGCGCACGCACACGAAACUGAGUAGCACGUUGGCGAGGAGACUGUUGAAGCAAGAUAUUGGAGUUACUAUGCCGCCGGAGUAUGUGGAUGACGGUCACCGCUCACCCUACAACAGUUCACCGCGCGAACAAAGAUUUAUUCUAAGUUCACCGCGCGGCGAGGUAGCGUCAGCAUACUUACACAAGUUGGAAGCGGUCAGCCGCUGCCUCGGGCGGGCACUCGACGAUAAGGACAACCCCUGACCAAGCGCUCACUAGUGACCCUGGAACCCUGUGGGAUCCCGUGGAACAUUGUGGAAUCCCGUGGAACAUUGUGGAAUCCCGUGGAACUUUGUGGAAUCCCGUGGAACAUUGUGGAAUCCCGUGGAACAUUGUGGAACUUUCCCCACUCGGUGCAUAGCUGAGUUUAGAACUCUCGCCAGUGAGCCUUAUUACCUCCGUAGAACUUGUACCGUUAUGACUUAUUAGAUAUUGCAAUUUUUAUGAAAUCAGGUUCUUUAUAUUUGUGGUAUUUUAUACACUUAACUCGUAUUGUAGUUUUCAGAAUAGAUGCAAUUUAAUUAUGUCUCAAACGCACGAGCUGUGGAACAUAUUCCACUUGAUGAUCAAUGGAAUGUUCCACACUAAAGUAGUGGAACUGUGCACUAAAAACCAUUGACACAUUUUUUCAAACAGUGCUCUUCAGUGCCACUACAAUUAUGAAUUUAAAAUAAUUGUAUAUUUAUAGAACAGUGAAACAUCACACCCAUCGAUUGAUUGCAAAGAUUUUUAUUUAUUUAAUGUAUAAUUAAGUUUAUUUGUAUUCGUUACGUGCUAAAUUGUCGUAUAUUAAGACGCACUUACGGUGCUAAUGUAAAUUACAAUGGGUACUAUUUUUAAUCUCGGUUCAUUCGAUCUGAUAAUGUCCAACGCAUUUCCUCACAAAUUAGUAUAAGUAUUAGAUUAGUGCCAAAACGUAUUAGUUAUUAUUGUGUUACUUAAUUUAUUUUAUUUUAAGUCGGUUAUCUCUCCGCCUAUGUGUGUAAGACGUCCGUUGCCUUAUAGUCUAAGAGCUGGCCGCUUCGUGAAUGUAGUACGAGAGAUUGUUGGAUUUUUCUAAGAUAGAGUAGAUGUCGUUGUAUGAAAAUUGUUCGAGCAUAAUUUUAGUAUGUAUAGAUAGUAGGUACGUGUGUAGUGAAGGCCAGCUUCCGUACUAACUACCUUUGAUAUAUGUUUUUGACAAUUUAUUUAAUUCUUUUGACAUUUAAAUUGGUUCAUUGGACAACAUGUACAAUAUAUAGAUGCUGUUUAUUUUUAAUUUAAACUAGAAUUAUUAUGAUUGUCUAAGCACAAACCUUGCCAUAAUUGUUUUGAUGUUUGAGGAGUGAGUAGACCGCUAAUGGCUUGAAUAUUUGUAUAUAAGUUAAAAAAAACAUGAAUUACACAGGAAUACUGUUAAGAUAUUUGAAUAAUUUAAUUAUGAAUUUCAAGGAAUUUUUCAAAGUAAAAAUUUUGCGUUUCUCAUUAUUAUUGUUUUUGAAUGUUAUUAAAUUCAAACGAUUGGUGGUUUGUCGCUCGUAUAGUUUAGAGACGGACGCACGAAAGUACAAGUUAGGUUAAGUUAGCUAAGUCCGACCGAUUCCGACCGAUGCAUUCUCGAACGUUCCGCGAUAUCGAGACUAGAAAAUUAUAUUUUUAUUCAUUCAUACAGAGUAGUGAGUACAAUUCGAAUAAUUAAUAUAACUUUCUGUCUAUUUUUCGUUAAUUUAGUAUUUGAUGUAAAUUUUUUAGUGUUAAGUUAGUUGAAUUUUGACUUUGCCAUAACUUUCCUAACAAUAGACAAUAGUAGAGUAAGCCAAAGCGAAAAGUAUUACAGAAUUAUAUAACAGUUUCCUGACGCGUAGAUGUUAGGAUAUUGUUGUCUCAUUAUAUAAUUUUGUUGAUCAAAAUGACAUAGUACUGUUACGUGUUUAAAUUGUAUACAGUUUUAAUUUGUCGAUGUAAAGCCCCUGAAAAUCAUGGUUUAUCUUCCACCGUUUCUACAAUCUACACUCAACGUGACCAAAGAUACAUUAGAUGUAAGGUUAAUUUAAACAAACACAGCCCAACGACAACUUAAACAAUUUAUUUCAAAAUUUGACAUCUGUCUAGUCACAGUUUCAUCGUGCCAUAACGCUAACUUCUUGUUGAACUUCUAAAAUGAAAUAAAUAAAAUGAUAUUUUGUAAAA